AUGCAACUACAGGUUGUACUGUUUACGUUGCAGGUGUCCUGGAUGCGCAAACGGGACAUGCACAUCCUGAGCGCGGGCAUCUUCAUGUAUACAUCGGAUCUGAGGUUCCAGGUGAUCCAUCCGGACAAAUCGGAGAACUGGACGCUGCAAAUCAAGUCGCCGCAGCAGCGCGAUUCUGGCGUGUACGAGUGCCAGGUCAGCACCGAGCCGAAGAUGUCGCUCAACUAUAGCCUCAACGUAGUUGAAGCGCGAGCCAGAAUACUCGGCCAGGCUGAUAUCUACGUGAAGACCGGAAGUCUUUUGACGUUGACGUGUGUCAUGUCGCAAGGUCCCCACGAUUUGGGAACGGUAGCUUGGUAUCGAGGAAGUCAGGCGGUGGUGACAUCAACGCGAUCAGAAAACGACAUCGAAACAGAACCUCGUAUAACCGUCGAGACGGAAUGGAGUGACGCCCUCACGUCGAAAUUGAGGAUCACGCAUGCGAAGCUCGUUGACUCCGGAAACUACAGUUGCGUUCCUACCGUGGCGGAGGGAGCAAGUGUCAACGUACACGUGAUCAAUGGUGAGCAUCCGGCUGCGAUGCAGCAUGGAAACACGGCAGCCGGAUCGCCCAACUCGAAAACGGUCCUGGUGAUGCUCGCCUUCCUCCUAGGCCAGCUGAGAUAAUGUGCGUGUGCACGAAGGUCGCCCGAGACUCGUAAAAUUGAUGGACGUAUUGCAACAUGGUCGCCCACACAUCCUAAAUGUUAACCCUUCCGCACAGAUCAAUCUGAAUUAGGUCUUAAUUAAUUUCAUCGUAGCGGCCGAAAGAUUAAAUGAUUUGCAACAUUAUAUAAUAAGCAUCAUAAUGGCAUAGUUACAAAGCAAGAAUUUAUAAGUUAAUGAGAAGUUAUUUAUAAAAGUUUCUGAUUAAUACACAGCUGUGCGAAUUUUGUGGCUUUAGGAUUAAUUGAUUUUUGAAAAAUAAUAUUUCAUAAUCACUGCAAUGUCAUGUACUAUUUUCCGUUAUUGACAUGAUUGUUUUCCAUCGCGUUUAUCAUUUUAUUUUAUCGGAAUAAGUUUUUUUGAAUUCGUCGAAAUCGCGCACGAAAUGAUAGACAUGCAACGAUUGUAUAAAUCAUAAUUUUUUUUCAACUCCAAUUUCCAUUUAUCUCGAGACAGGAAUUUUAAUCUAAAAAUAUAAGCGCCGUUAUGUUAUUUUAAUUGCGUGUCGUAAUUUAAAUACUCUCGUUAUGUAGCGGUUAUCUCGCUUCUCUUAAUCUAACGCGAAAAUUCCCAUCCCGUUUAUCUUAAACUUAACUGUGGGUUUGGCCGCUGGGGUGAGAAAUACAAAGAUAAUCUCUAAGAGACAGCUCUUACGUAAUAAAAGGGAAAGCUUUGUGCCUAAGGGUUAAGCGGAGUGUGAGGCAGUCGUAUUACACGGUGUCUUAGAAGCAUGAAUUCCACGACGAAUUUUCUGAGUCGACUUUUCCCAGCCGCGAAAGAAUGAAUCCAGAAAGAAUGGACUUUUCAUACAUUUGUUAUAUAAUACAGCGACAGUAUUUACAGAUGAGCUGUACACGUAUAAAAUGUUAAAUAGCUGCGUAAUGAUAACCAGCGAAUCGUAUCUCCAUCUCGAAAACAUUCUCCAGUAAUUGGCAAUGUUGCACAAAAGAUAUUUUUACUUCAACUUGCGUCCAAAAUUAAUAAUUACAGCACCGUGUGUAACAACCAUUCUUUUGAAUAACAAGCAGGUUUAUUUUUUUUUUUUUAACUGACGAUAUAUAUUAUGCGUUUCGACAAAUAUCAUGUUUUAACGAAAUUAUUUUUUCAAUAUUUUUUCAUUUAAAAUUUUUUAAUUUUUUUUGUUUUUUACAAUCUAUAACACGUCCAUCAGAUGAAAUAAUAUCAAUCACAACACAAUAUUGCUAGAUUUAAUUCCAAUUUGUUUCUAACAAUCGUAAACACCUAAAGGAAGGCAAACCCAUUGACGUAAUCCAACAUAGUUAUUUUCGCAUAAUAAGCUUCUUUUGCACUCUAUAUCCAUAGGUAAGCAAAAUAAAGCGAAGAGUAAUGAUAAAAAUUUCCUAUUCGUGAAUACUUGAUUAGCCAGAAGUUCGUUUGAUUUAGCUCAGACAUUAGUUUGUGCUUCGUGACUUAGCAUCGGUACGAUUUAUUGUUGAAAAUAAUAUGGCACGCGUUGAGCAACGAUUUGUACGAUCACGACAGAGCAGUCGAGAAUUCUUAUCAUAUCUACGAAUGACGCAAAAUGAAGUUAUCAAUAUUAAAGAAUUUUAGCAGCGACAUGAGAGAGUUCUUAAUUUCCUAAUUAAGAAUGCUUCGUACGAGAAGAAUCAAAAGUCGCAUUGUGUCGCUGUUGAAAUUUUUAGGGAUAAUUGCGCCGUAAUAUCUAAAGCGACGCAAACGUAAGGGGAUUAAUGAUAACGCGGAGUGAGUGUUGGCGCAGAGGAGACGUAAUUGAGCGCGAGUGUCGCUAGAAAGAAGAGGGAUAGCGAGCAGAUAAAACAGGACUACGCCCCGCGCCCUUUCCCGACCAUAGUGAGAAAAGUGUUAAGUGUAAAAUAAAUGUGUCACGAGCAAGUUUAACCGAAAGAGCGAUGUAAUAAAACGGGUGGACCGACCUCCACCGGCAGCGAAGUACUUUCUACUUAUGACAUAAGUGUUAAAUGAAAAUUUAAAGGAAAGACACAGAUGACACGCGUACACACACAUACACACACGUACAGAUAAUAGUAGAGAAAUGUAUGUAAACCACGCGACUUUACGGCUCGUAUGAUUUACACCCACGACUAGCCCGAAAUGAAAGAAAAAAAAAAACUGUGUUUUCCCACCCGCUCACACCCUUCUCACUGUCUUGUUUUCACACGGUUCUCUUGCGAGAAAGCGCAUUCUUGUACAUAAUGUUUUACUCUUGUAAAUAAAUUACCCACACAA